AUGAAGAGCUCCUAUUACUCCUGCAAAUCUACACUACAGCACGCCACCUCACCCACGCCACCUCACCCACGCCACCUCAGCCUGCCAAUCUACACUACAGCACGCCACCUCACCCACGCCACCUCAGCCUGCCAAUCUACACUACAGCACGCCACCUCACCCACGCCACCUCAGCCUGCCAAUCUACACUACAGCACGCCACCUCACCCACGCCACCUCACCCACGCCACCUCAGCCUGCCAGCUACAUUACAGCACUCCCACGCCACCUCAGCCAGCCAGCUACAUUACAGCACUCCCACGCCACCUCAGCCAGCCAGCUACAUCACAGCACUCCCACACCAUCUCAGCCAGCCAGCUACAUUACAGCACUCCCACGCCACCUCAGCCAGCCAGCUACAUUACAGCACUCCCACGCCACCUCAGCCAGCCAGCUACAUUACAGCACUCCCACGCCAUCUCAGCCAGCCAGCUACAUCACAGCACUCCCACGCCACCUCAGCCAGCCAGCUACAUUACAGCACUCCCACGCCACCUCAGCCAGCCAGCUACAUUACAGCACUCCCACGCCACCUCAGCCAGCCAGCUACAUUACAGCACUCCCACGCCACCUCAGCCAGCCAACUACAUUACAGCACUCCCACGCCAUCUCAGCCAGCCAGCUACAUUACAGCACUCCCACGCCACCUCAGCCAGCCAGCUACAUUACAGCACUCCCACGCCACCUCAGCCAGCCAGCUACAUUACAGCACUCCCACGCCACCUCAGCCAGCCAGCUCCAUCACAGCACUCCCACGCCACCUCAGCCAGCCAGCUCCAUCACAGCACUCCCACGCCACCUCAGCCAGCCAGCUACAUCACAGCACUCCCACGCCACCUCAGCCAGCCAGCUCCAUCACAGCACUCCCACGCCACCUCAGCCAACCCCAUAUAGCAGUGAGGGUACUAUUAGCCAUGUAAUGCAGGUUGAGACCGUUCCAAGCUAAAGACCACACACCCCACGCUACAGGGGUUACUUAGCUAUACAAAAUAGUCACUGUAGAAAUGUCUGUAAACAGCAUGGAUCACAGUAUAACUUGUAUUGAAGACAUUAUUUGACUAUGCCCAUUAGGGGGCAGUAUUGACUAGUCUCAGAUCUGGUUGUUAUCAUGUUACUGCAGUUGUAGAAUGUUACUGUGUAUGAGGAAAUGCAGUAUUUUAGUUAUCGAACUGAACACUCAAACGUAUAACUGAUCUGGCUGAAAGUAUAGCAAAUCAUAGUUUUAUGGGUUUUAAAUAUUUCAUAUUCUGAUAUUAAUUUAGACACUGACCAAGUGGAUUGGAUUUACAAUGCAGAUUAAAGGGAUGGUUCAUGGUUGAUGGUUGAUUUUGGGGCAGAUUAAAGGGAUGUUUGAUGGUUGAUUUUGGGGCAGAUUAAAGGGAUGGUUGAUUUUGGGGGUAUUAUUAAUCUUACCUUGAGUUGUCUAUAUGGAUUAAUUAUCACUAAAACAAAAGGAAGCUGUGAGAGAAAGAGUCCAACAUAAUAAUGAAAUCAAGCAAUGCCUACUGUCUAACAAAAUGUCUAACAAGCUGCCUCUGACUAUAAUGAGACACAGCUCAUUAGUGACAUUUCAUAACAUAUUUCAAAGUAGUAGAUAAAAGAUGACUUUUAGUUAUCUCUAUUAUUUCUGAUUCCUUCUAAUAUCCACAUGUUGCUGUUAGAGAAGUUCUGAUUGUGUCAAUCCUGUCUCCAAACGUGAGUGAUUGUGAAUGUCGGGUGUGCCUUCAAUAAAGACAUGCUCAGGUUAACUAAACUCUUGUGAAUUAAUGCUUUGGUGCACGUGUCAAGCUCAUUCCACGGAGGGGGUGGAGUGUUUGCGGGUUUUUUCGUUCCUCCCGUUGUAUUUGAUGAAUUAAAGGUCACUGAUUAGUAAGGAACUCUCCACAUCUGGUUGUCUUGAGUUUUAAAUACGGGGCCCCUCCGUGUAAACAGUUUGGCAGCCCUGUUGUGGUGGAUGGUCAUUGACACUAUCUUCCACUAAAUCCGUAUCGGUGUAGAUCAGCGCGAUUGAAAUUGAAAUGCAUGUUCCCGUAUUCACAGAGUGCAUUCGCGGAAUCGGAAAAUACCUUUCAAUUUAAAUCGCGCUUAAUAACGACAAACUUCCGUGAUAAGGAUUAAAUCGAGCCCUUACAAUUCAUAAGAGGUAUUGGGGGAGGGGGGUGUAGUUACACAUGUGCCAAAUGCAAUGAAUCAGCAACUCGGAAAUGUCGGAGUUUCCUACUUCGGACUAGCAUAUCAUCCCUGAACUGCGAUUUCUCACACAUGCUGACCUCUGACAUCACCCACUAAGGAAAUUAACUCAACAUUUUGACGACACCUAAGGAUUUAUUUUAUUUGACUUAAUUUAACUAACGAAGUCAGUUAAGAACAAAUUCUUAUUUUACAAUGAUGGCCUAACCCGGACGACGCUGGGCCAUUUGUGCACCACCCUAUGGGACUCCUGAUCACAGCCGGUUGUGAUACAGACCGGAAUCAAACCAGGUCUGUAGUGGCGCCUUUAGCACCGAGAUGCAGUGCCUUAGACCACUGUGCCACGUGGGAGCCUUAAUGAACUCAAUAAUAGCAUUUUGACCUGUUCACCUACUGAGGAAAUGACCUUGAUUAUAGCACUUUCAGCAGUUAAAUGUAACAACAACAGCAACGAAACAUGUCGAAAAAGCCAUCUGUUGAUGUGAUUUGUGAACACUAUAAUUUGUUUACAAGUAUGAUAGCUGUACAUUCAGUUCAUGGUUGAGUCAGCUUGUUGCCCAUUAGCCAACCGGCCUUUCUCAAUAAAUUCGACGCACAUGAACUCAUCCAACUAGUAAUUACUACCUUCCAAACACCGCAUUAGUGUUGGUGUGACAGCUAUAAAAGCCAGCCAGCAUCCGUACUAUUGUGAUGAAGCUGUAGGACAGCUUGAAAGGGAGGAUGUAAACUAAAUCAUUAGCUAAUUGCGCGCAAGACUCUGAGAAGCUGACAUGAGGUAGAGCCGAGCGUGCAGGCAGGUCUUGGCGAGGGGUGCUGUUCAUAAUGAACGUUGGACUUGUCGCCUUUGCAAGUACCGGCGUUACACUCGCCCACACCCCCAUUGGUCCCGUCAGCUGGGAGAGCUACGUUUUUUUAAUCGUUCAAUAUUAUGUAUGUGUCCUCUUUCGUUGGCCUAGUCUUGUUUAAAUGUUUUUGGAAUGUGUCAUUUAAAAAAUACAGCUUGGGUUUUGUGGUGAACAGAAGGGGACUGCAGACUUCAUAGGUCGGUGGGGGGUCUAUGGCUCUGUCAUGUGUGGAUCUUUGGACUGUGUCGUAGGCUAUGAUUCCACUGUGUGCAGUCGGUGAAUUUGCAUGUUUGUUCAAUGGCGUUUCAUUGGGCUAGGCCCAGUUUGCAGUGAAGUAAUAGUAUCACCUUAGAUGUUCAGUUCUCCUCCAUUGUUAACCUCACGUGUGUGUGUGUGUAGUGUCACUUAAGCGCGUUUAUCACGCUUAGCAGAUGUGCCUUAGGGCUUCAGGUCAUUGCAGCACUUCUGAUUGGGUUACAGAGACUGCAGGAAUUUAGGUCACCUAGCAUGUCAUGCACGCAGUCUUCUGAAAUGGUCUAUUUAAUAAAGAUAAUUGUUUGCUCUA